GGGCUGUUCCGCUCCGCCCCGCUGCGCUCCGUGCUCCUCUCGUACCGCUCCGGCCCGGCCGCUCCGGAGCCGCUGCGCCACAGGGGCUGCCGCCUUUCCCGUCCUUCGGCCGGAGGGCCGCCUGUCCGGCAGGGGAAGGUAUCUGAAGAAAAAGCCUGAAGAUGAACUUCUUCUUGGAAACAUUAAAAUGCAUUGUACUUCUUGUUUAUUAUUUGCUGGAGUCACUGGUGUUCCUGAUUGUGCCUAAACCGAAGAAGAAUGUYAGUGGUGAAAUAGUAUUAAUAACAGGAGCAGGAAGUGGCAUUGGAAGACUCUUAUCGUUGAAGUUUGCCAGCCUUGGAGCCACGGUGGUUCUCUGGGAUAUUAAUCAAGAGGGACUCAAUACCACAGUUAAACUGGCCAGAGGAAAUGGAGCAGGAAGAGUACACUCCUACGUCUGUGAUUGUAGCAAAAGACAGGAUGUCUACCGAGUAGCUGACCAGGUUAAAAGAGAAGUUGGUGAUGUUAGCAUUCUAAUCAACAAUGCUGGUAUUGUAAUUGGAAAGAGAUUUCUUGAUUCUCCAGAUUCACUCAUAGAAAAAGUCAUGGAAGUGAACACGAUGGCACACUUCUGGACUUACAAAGCCUUCCUCCCAGCAAUGAUUGCCUCCAAUCGUGGACAUUUGGUUAGCAUAGCAAGCUCUGCGGGACUGUGUGGAAUCAAUAGUCUUUCAGAUUACUGUGCAAGUAAGUUUGCAGCAUUUGGUUUUGCGGAGUCAAUUGAUAUGGAAUUGAAAAGUAUGAGAAGGAGCGGUGUCAAAACCACAAUUGUGUGUCCUUUCUUCAUAAACACRGGAAUGUUUGAUGGUGCCAAAACCAGGUGGCCACGUGUGCUUCCCAUGCUGGAACCAGAGUAUGUGGCUGAUAGGAUAAUCGCUGCYAUACGGAAAAACCAAGAGGUUUUGAUAAUACCACGCGUCCUUUAUUUUUUGUUCUAUUUGAAAAGCUUCCUACCAGUGAAAGCAGCUGUUCUUCUUCUGGAAUACUUUGGAGCCCAUGAUGCCAUGAGCAACUUCAAAGGUCGAUCAAGGAAGGAAUGAAAAAGCACAAAAUUCAGGGACCAGCAACUCUAAAGUGGACAUUGUAAAAGGUGGUGGUGAAAAAGGUUUGCUUCUCUAGCAGCUGUGAACUUCGGGUGCCUCAUUUCUCAUUAGKAACAAGAUUUCAAAAAGUUGCUUUUUAAUUGGUUCUUAGUCAACAGCUUUCAUCUGAACUAUUUUUUUAAUGCAGUGAACUCUUUUCUUUCACCUCAUUAUGAAAAUAUGUUCAUUGAAUUUAGUUGCUUAGAUUAUGUCUGUUUAUAAUGCCUUAAAUAUGAUCCUGCUUYACAAACUAAUAAUCAGCAACUUCAGGGGGAAAAAGGGACCCAGAAACCACAUGUUUCUUUAGCCAGAAAAGCCUGUCGUGGACCUUACUGCUUGCUGCCAUUCAAUGGACCUUGAUGAUGCGCUGUACUGCUGGUGGCAUUACCAUUCCCUGGUAAGCUGAGGAAUUAAAAAAUUUCCUCAAAUAACAGGUUCUAACUUUCACAAAAGAAAGUUUUAUGAGAUCAAAAUAUUCACUGUGUUGGUGAAAAAAACAAUCACAUUUAUUAAUUUUUGGAAGUGUGAUCUCUCAGCUCACAGGUGACUGUAUGUUGGGGGGACAGGGAAAGACGUGUAAAUUAUGCAUUUGUGCUGCUCAUCUACUUUGUGCAUAUUUUAUUUUAAAAGAUAAUAUAAUGACUGCAAAUUUGUAACAGAAGUCUUUSUAUCUUCUAAGUGCUAUCAGUUUCAAGAACUGUUUUAAAUUGUCAUCUCCUAAGAAGAAUAAACUUGUAUUUAUAAAGCAUAAGACUGCCAGUCUAUGUGGACUAUCCAAUGUCUUGUCAAKUAAGACAAUGAGCUACUAAAAGCAAGGG